AAACGAUUUUCAGAUAAAAUGGUUCGGGUCAUCAGUCAGGAAACGUUCGAAGACAUAGUCAAGGAGAAUAUGGAAGAGUUUGAGAUGAGUAGAGAAGAAGCUGUUAGAGAGGCUAAAGAGCAGUUUGAACAACAAGGUGUAAACCUGACCAAUAUCGUUAUAUCAGAGAAAGGUUCCCACGAGGUUUUGGAUGCCUUGAAUAAACUGCAGCCUAGUUCCUCGAUACAAGAAAAAGUUGAGAAUCUGCAACUUAUUGCGGAUAAAUGCAAGGAUGAUCUGGCACAGAGAGUUCUUGCCACAAAUAAUGGAGCCUACAGUUUCCUCACCAGAUUUGCAGGUAAAUCUGAGGAUCUGGUGGUGAGAAAGGAAUCACUGAAGUGUCUUGCUGUUGUUAUGGACACUAAUCCAGACCAUCUGGAAUCACAAGGGAUAAGUUUACUGAAAGAGUCUCUUGAAGAAGAUGAUCUAAAGAUUCAUGCUCUGGACUGGUUACUUGUCUGCUGUGUCAGACAUGAGGGCAACCGGCAGAAUAUAGUUAACAGCGGUUUACUUGAUUCAACAAGUAUCAUUGCUAAAUCAGGGUCCCGUGAUCAUCUGCUUCGAGUUAAAAGAGUCUGGAUGGCUCUAGUGCAAGAUGAUGAUAUACGAGUUCCAUUUGGUAAAGCCCACGACCAUGCUCGAGAUAUUGUAGAAAACCAUGAAGCUCUGAGUAUACUUACAAACUCUCUUACACAGUUUGCCCAGGAUAAAGAGUUGCUCUGUUUGACCUUGUCAGCUCUGGCCAGCCUAGCAGUCAGAAAUGAAUACUGCCAGGAGAUCGUUGAUGGGGGAGGUCUCAAGUUUAUUCACGAUAUCCUUUUAAACCAUAGAUCUGAAGCAGAACUAGUGACUAGAUCCCUGGUACUGCUAAAAGUGUUGGCCGGAAACGACAAUGUAAAAAGUGAUAUUGCUAAGGGAGGAGGCAUUCCCUUGAUAAUGGCAUCUAUAGAAGAUCAUAUGCAACGACCUGUCACAGUUGAUAAUGGAUUCCAGGCGAUUGCUGCUAUUUGUCUAAGACAACCAGAGAACUCUGCACAGGUUUUGGAGUCUGACGGAGCUCAACUUAUUAUCACAGCUCAGUCUAGGCAUCCAGAAAACAGACGAGUGCAAGCUGCGUGUGCAUCAGCUAUACGGAAUAUAGUUUGCCGAGAUAAAGGAUUAGGAGCACAGUUUAUAGAUCUAGGGGUAGAGGAUCUACUUAACCUGGCUCUACUUAAACACGGGGAUAAGGUUGGAGAUACUUUAAAAUCUGCUCUUCGUGAUCUGGAUCUUAAGGUUGAACUCAAGGAGAGAUGGACAGGUGCUAAACCUCCAGGACUAGAGGAUUAGACUAGGAGAUAUAUCUAGAACAAGAAGACUAGAAGAAAUCUCAAAGACUUCAAAAACAUUGUGCACAUUCCACAACGAACAUACUUUAGACUGUAAAAUACGUCUCACACUUUCUUAUUAUUUUUUUCUGAUUAUUUUGUUCAGUAAAUCACACUACCCAGUAGUUAGCCAAAAAAUUUGGUUGCACUGUGAAUCCUAAUAUAGAGGUUCUUUCCUUACUGCUUGAACUCUCUAAACAUCUUCCUUCUAUACCGAACCUAAUUUAAACCAAAUGCAACACUAAGUCCUGAAGGUCCUUGACUAUGCAUCGGUUGACCCAUCUGUUCUGCAUAUUUAUUUUACUUCCUUAUGUUAAAAAAAUCACAGAUUUUCUUUCUUUCUUAUAAAGAUGUCAGCUUUCAUCAAUCAAUUCAAUCAUGGUAAUUUAAUAUGGCCAUUUGUGAUUUAAAACUUCCACUACUUCAUUUCUGCAAUUCUGCACCACAUCUCUAAGAUAAACAUAUUAAAAAUCAGUAAAUUAAGUGAAUUCAUUAGUAUUUGCUUACUUUGUAAUCCGAAAUUUUUCUACACUACAGUAAUUACUAAGUAUUCAACAAAGUAUGCUAAUUAAUAACAAAAAUUACUAACCAGUGCUCCCUUAGUUUUUAUUUAUAAGCCCGCCUUAAAUUUUGCUUAACAAUAAACAUGCAUUUCUGAUGGUAAUGUUAUAUCGUCUAUACACAACAUCUCCUCUACUGAACUUCUGACCUACCAGCUGUUUAUUUUUGUACUAUUUGAGCCACAUGUCCAUAAACCACGUGCUAGUAGGUCGGAUGUGUAGUAUAGUGGAUUUGUCGUAGGUCAGAAGUGGAGUAAAGCGGAUUACCG